AUGUCGUUUGAGAACCACGAGAAGGGCCACAAGGGCGUCGACCCUCAUCUGUACGCCAAUGAGAACGUCGAUGAGGAAGUUGGUGUUACGAAACGAGGUGAUGGCCUCAAGAAGGACUUGAAGAGCAGGCACAUGCAGAUGAUUGCCAUCGGUGGUGCUAUUGGCGCCGGUUUGUUCAUUGGUUCUGGUGGUGCUCUCGCAAAUGGCGGUCCUGCCUCGCUGGUUAUCUGUUACCUUAUUGUCGGCAUAAUGCUUCUGUUCACCAUGCACGCUCUGGCUGAAAUGGCUGUCCUGUACCCCGUCAACGGUGCCUUCUACACCUACAUCGUCCGCUUCGUUGAUCCCUCCUGGGGUUUCGCCGUCGGUCUCGACUAUGCCAUUUCGUGGCUUACUGUCCUUCCCUUUGAGCUGACUGCUGCGUCCCUGACGAUUCGUUUCUGGAGAGAUGAUAUCAACGUCGCUGUUUGGAUUACUGUGUUCCUUGUCGUCUUGUUCAUCAUCCAGAUCUUCGGUGUUCGUGGAUAUGGUGAAGUCGAAUUCGUCUUGUCGCUCAUCAAGAUUUGCGCUUGUAUUGGAUUUAUCAUCUUCGGUAUUGUCUACAACUGCGGCGGUGUCGGCAGCCAAGGUUAUAUUGGUGGAAAGUACUGGUACUCCCCGGGUGCUUUCAACAACGGCUUCAACGGCUUCGCUGGUGUCUUCUCCGUUGCCGCCUUCGCCUUCGCCGGCACAGAGCUGAGCGGUCUUGCUGCUGCCGAGUCUGCCAACCCUCGCAAGGCCAUUCCCCAGGCUACCAAGCAGGUCUUCUGGCGUAUCCUUUUCUUCUACGUCAUCAACCUCUUGGUCCUAGGUCUUGUUUUGCCCUACGAUGAUGAGCGUCUGGCUGAGGCCUCGAGUGCUAACUCCCGUUUCUCGCCUUUCGUCUUGGCUAUUGAGGAUGCCGGCGUCAAAGUCCUCCCUUCUAUCUUCAACGCUGUCAUCACCAUCUCUGUUAUCAGUGUUGCCAACUCCUGCACAUACGGUUCCACUCGUACCCUACAAGCUAUGGCUGAGCGUGGUAUGAUGCCUCAGGUGCUUGCGUACGUUGACAAGCAAGGCCGUCCCAUCUGGUGCGUUGCCAUUCAGCUCGCUUUUGGUUUCCUGGCCUACAUCGGUGUUGCUGGAAACCAGGGCAAGAUCUUCUCUUGGUUGCUAUCUUUGUCUGGUCUGUCGUACUUCUUUGUGUGGGCCUCUAUCUGUCUUGCCCACAUUCGUUUCCGCCAAGGAUGGAAGGCUCAGGGUUUCAAUCUGCAGCAACUGCCCUACAAGGCACCUCUUGGUGUCAUCGGAAGCGCACUCGGUCUGCUUCUCAACAUCCUUGCCAUCAUUGCCACAUUCUAUACCUCUCUAUACCCAUCCCCCAACGCGACUCCCGAUGCCGAGAUUUUCUUCCAGAAUUUCCUCGCUGCUCCCGUCAUUCUUUUCUUCUACAUUGUCUGGAAGUUAUACAGCCGCGACUGGAGAAUGUUCAUCCGUGUUCACGAGAUGGAUCUCAAGUCUGGUGCUCGUAUGCUGAAUAUUGAUGAUGAGCCCAUGCCUGUGAAGACAUGGAAGAACUUGCCUAUGCGUAUGGUUCGUGCUUUGUUCUAG